AGUCGCGGGACGGGCUGCUGCUGAGACAGAAACUUAAAAUGGAUAUUAAGAGUAAAAAGCGCCCGGGUGGCGCUGAGAAGCAUCGGGAAAAAAAGCUGAAGUCUCUGGAGGUGGAGGCUGCUAAAUGUGGCAAACUGACGGACCUAUUUGGUGCCGGGUUCACCAGCCCAGCAGCAGCAGGUGCGCCGGGAGACGAGCGAGGAGGACUCGACAAUGAUGAGCGAGUGGAGGCAGACAUGGUUGACCACUUGACAUGUGAGAGCCUGAGGAGUUGUUCCCCCUCUGUCCAUGUUCGAUGACUUGCUCUCUGUCUGCCUCCACUCUCUGCCUUCACUGUACCAAAGUUUGUCUGUUGAGUCUCCUCUAGUCUGGUUGACCACUUGACAUGUGAGAGCCUGAGGAGUUGUUUGCCAGACACAGGUAGAGCUGGCAGGGGCGUCACCCUGGGCCUGCCCUUUUGGGCUGGGCUUCAGCUGCAGAUCUAAAGGCUGCUUCCAGGGGCAUGGGGCCCUCAGCCUUUGUUUUUCUUUGAUUCUGCACCUUACAACAUACAUCACACCUUAUUUUCACACAUCCAAACACUGUUUACACCACUGACGCGUAACAUAUUUUACACAUCCCACUACGUAGUUAGAGCUAUCUUGAUUUGGAGUUAAAUAAAUUUACUUUUGGCUUGAGAGGUUUGUGUGUGGCCUCCCUUCUUGUUGCCAUCUUUGAGAUAGGUGGUAACAGUAGUAUGCAUGAGAGAAGACGCCGCGAGAUUUGUGGACUUCUAUGUGGUGUCCGCUGAUAAUGUAGUGGGCUGGUCUGGACAGACAAUGCCAGGGCGGAAUUUUUGUCCCAGUCCACCCCUGGCCGCAGGUGAACAUCGCCUUUGGCUUUCCAUCCAUCCAGAGGACCGAGAAGACAGAGGAGGAAGCUGUGAGGAAGGAGCAGGUCCGGCCUGAGGAGACCGUCAGCUGUGUCACGGACAACUUUCAAGCGUUCAUAAGUCACGAGGAGAUGGACGGUGAGGAGAGCCUGCAGGAGACGGUUGAGCUCGUCUUCAAGAGGGCCGUGCAGAAACCAGACUCUGCUGCAGUCUUCGCCGAGCUGUGUCAGCGCCUCUCAACAGUGGAAUUCCAAUCCUUGUCCGACUGGUCGGCCAGCGUCUCCUUCAGGUCCCUGCUGGUCAAACACUGCCAGGCAGAGUUUAAGAAGAACUUUGACAGGGAGGACAUUUCACGGAAGGGGGAGUCCUGCCUAGAGCCAGUCAGGGACGUGAGGGCUAUUGAUCGACUGAGGGAAGAGAAGAACAACGCCAAACCCUCCUGUCGCUCCAUACAUACCAUCCGGUUUAUUGGGGAGCUGUUCCUCUCCAAGGUUCUGGGUGAGAAAGCCAUGCACUGCUGCAUCAGGAGGCUAGUGCAAAAUGGAGACGGGCCGUCUCUCGAGAGCCUCUGUGAGCUCCUCCAGCUCAUCCAGCAGGACCUGGAGGUGGUCACGUCCAGGGAGGUGAUGGACUCGUACUAUAACCAGCUGGAGUUCGUCGCAGAGAAAGGGAGGAGGGCACCAAGGCUCUCCCUUUUGUUGAAGGACACGGUGAAGGCAAGGAAGGUAGCAGGCUCCACCCUCCACACAGACACACAUGCUGCAUGAUAACAAACCUCACUGAUGGAUGACCGAGGGCAUCUCCUCAAUCCACGCUGCUGGGAGGACUCGGCAACUUUAAACUGGUGGUGGUUUCUCAUCACUGGAAACUGUCCACACCUUCUGCCCUAUCCAGUGAGAUGUAUAAAGACAGUUACACCAUCAAAACUACAACAAUCCUUAUUUCUAAUUAUCAUCAUCUGAUUGAGUGAUCAUCUUUACACUGUGACAGACAAACUCGGCUGCUGGGCUGCUCGUGUUUGAGGAGCCACAGCAUGAUGCUAUCCACCUGGCCACUUUACGCAGUGCUGCAGAGAAACAGAGUAAAACAGGCAGAGAUGAUUAUUCUAUCUGUUUGUAUCAUCAGCCACAUUUUCAGCAAGUACAAUAAUUAUUAUCAGUGUCUGAUCUUAUUAAAAUGUGUCAAAUAUCAAAUGAGAGAUGAGAUAUUUUCAAAACUUUAACAUCAGGUUUCUGAUCCUCACCGGCUCAGGUGAAUAGCUCCUUCAGUCGGAGGUUUUUAAAGUUUCCACCUCGUCUUCAUCGAUCCACACUGUAAACUCAACAUUUGUGACUUAAGCCCUGUACAGACUUUGGAGAACGCCGUUAUUGUAAAGUUGCAUUGUA